AUGCAAGUCCGUUGUCUCUCGUUACUAGCGCUCGCUGCAUCUCUUGUCAAUUCGACCCCAUCAAACGAAAGGAAAACAUGCACCAUCCAAGCAAGCGGUACGAAUGUGACCGAUGACGCCCCAGCUAUUCGAGCUGCCUUUAAAGAAUGUGAUCGCGGAGGAAGGGUCGUGUUCAACCCAGUAACUUACUACAUCAACUCAAUUCUGAACAUUACAGGCCUUCAAGAUGUGGAAAUUGAUAUCCAGGGAAAGCUGCUGUGGAGCACCGACAUUCAAUACUGGCUAAAUCACUCCAUGUCCGUCGGGUACCAGAACCAAUCCACAGCUUUCAUUCUCGGAGGCGACAACCUCGAAAUUGACGGCCAUGGAAUUGGGACUCUUGACGGUAACGGCGACUAUUGGUAUGAAUGGAUACGAAAACAGCCAAACACGUCGAAUUAUCCCGGUCGACCCCAUCAGAUAACAUUCAACGGCCUCACAAAUUCAGUCGUCAAAGGCGUAAACUUUCUUCGAAGCCAGAUGUGGACGAUGUCGAUAAUCCACUCACAUUAUAGCCAGUUUCAGGACAUCUUGGUCAAUAAUACUGGAAAUCGUUUCCAAAGCUGGCGAGUAGCAAAUACCGACGGAGCCGAUACAAUAUUCUCUUCCCAUAUUCUCUUCCAAAACUGGACUGUUUAUAACGGUGAUGACAGCAUAGCUUUUAAAGCAAACAGCACGAGCAUCGUUCUUAAAGACUCAAGGUUUUAUGGUGGUCUCGGCAUCGCUAUCGGUUCGAUCGGUCAACUCAAGGGCGUCAGCGAAACAGUCGAGAAUAUUAGCGCUGAAAACAUUUACUUUGAGAAUACGUUGCACUCAUUUUAUGUCAAGACAUGGACGGACGAUCAAAACGGAUACCCUCCCAACGGUGGCGGUGGAGGCCUCGGGUAUGCCCAGAACCUUAGACUCAAGAACCUAGAAACGAAAGGGAUGCGCGGAGCCGCAUUUUCCAUAAGUCAAUGCACGAGGUUUAAAGGCGCACCUGGCCAGGGAAAUUGCACCAAUUCGCAAUUUCAAUUGAGGAAUAUUAGUAUCGACGGUUUGAAAGGGACGACUAAGUCCGGAAGAGUGGCAAGUCUACAGUGUAGUGCAGUUGCGCCAUGCACUGAUAUUGAACUAUCUCAUGUCGACCUGAAAUUUGAGAAUGGGACCAGUGCCAAGAGCUAUCUUUGUGGGAAUGUUAAGGAGAAUAAAGGAUGGGAAUGCACGGGGAAAGUCUGCGAGGGUGGAAGUGCUACAGGGGAAUGCUGA